CCCGGGUGUGGGCAGCGCUUCCGGCCUCGCCGCUCCAAUCAGUCAGACAGUGUGACCGGUGCGUGCCGUGCGCUGUGUUCUUCGUCACAUACGCAGCAUCUUACAUAGCGUGACCCGCACCCCGCCAGCAUGGCCGAGCCCGAGGAGCGGAGUCUGGACGACUUUUUCGCUAAACGAGACAAGAAGAAGAAGAAAGAGAAGGGAGGCGCCGCCGCUAGCGCGGCCGCCACCAAGGGGGCAGCGAGGCCGCCGGAGGGGGCACAGUCCUCCCUAACCACGCUGGGCGGAGGGAAUAAGAUCGUCAAGAAGGAGAAGUCCGGCAGGAGUGAGACGCAGGACUCGCAGCAGGAAAAGGUUGAUGAUGAGUGGAAAGAGUUUGAGCAAAAAGAAGUUGACUACAGUGGCCUUAGGAUUCACUCAUUACAAAUAAGCAAUGAAAAGGAAGAUGAUGACUAUGAGAAAAAGGAAGAUCAAGGUGCAGACUGGGAGGAUGCCGGAGGCUAUGGCACAGACAAGACAUCAGGGCCUUGGAAUAAGACUGCUCCUGCUCAAGCUCCUGUAAAUGUUGUUCCAGAAGCUCCAGAGCCUGUCCAGUCCACUGGUGUAUAUAGACCUCCUGCUGCGAGAGCAUCUGCUCCAACACGGAAACCCCAGGGUCCCCCAGAAAUCUAUAGUGAUGCCCAGUUCCCAUCGCUACAGUCCACUGCCAAGCAUACAGAGACCCGCAGGGAUAAAGAAAUGGAGAAGACUUUUGAGAUGGUAAAACAUAAAAACCGUGCAAGAGAAGAAGCUGCGCAGAAUCAGGCCCUCCGACUUCAGUUAGAUAACCAGUAUGCCGUUCUAGGUGAACAGUAAAGUGGCAAAAACAUUUAACAGAAAUCUGACAACUUGCCCGCUACGGUAAACAAACUACAGCUAUUGGACUUGAGAUCAUCUGAGCUGUUUGAGCUUCUGCGCUGCGUACUGAAUAAUGCAAAUGACCGGAUCCCAAAACAAAUCGCCUACUUUUACUUGCUACAUCUCCCCCACAUCCCUGCUUCUUUGUCCUUGAGUAUGGGAACAUGUCGUCGAGGCACUGAGAAUUGAACCAGAAUUCCCAUUGUUGUAAUCGUUACAUGUCUUAAGAGAAGAAUGGAAAAGCAGCUUUCAGUGGUUAUUAAAAGCGUGUUAUGCUGAGCCUUCACCCAGGUUGACUACCUCAGUUUUGCUAUGCUCGUAGCGGACACCACAUGGAUUGCCAUCUUACGGGAAACAGAUUGUAUUUUCGAUAUAGUUGUGUUUGGACAGGGAGUGGAAGGGGGGCACUAGAGUUCCCCUUUCAGAUUGAUACACCUAUUGAAUCAAGUCAUUGCUUCAUAUUUUACAUUUGUUGUCUGCUUUCAGUGUCCCAUUAUUUAAGUGACCUUAAAGGGAUUUAGUUUUAUACCCUUUUUUUGGCUUCUUUAAAUUUUUUUUUUUUUUUUUUUCUUCUCUAGAUGGGUAUUUGAUACAGAUUUUGAUAGGUAACAAUCUACAGCUGUGCACUAGAUUCUAUUUAACAAGAAAAAGAAAUUAUCAACCUACAAAAUACAGUAGGAAUUAACCUGGUUUCUAUUGCAUUGCUAUAAAAUUUGUCUUCAGACAUCAUACUGCAGAAUAUGUGCACUGAUUUUUUAUUUUCUUUGAGCACAGACUUGACUGCGUUUUGUGUUUUAGCAGAGCACUGGCGCAUAUACAUGUAUAGCAGAAACUAACUGCACUACACAGGGACUAAGAGGUGUUUCCAGGUGCUCACUAUUCUGCAGAAUGUGACAACAUAUGAAUUGAGCCAACAGAAAUAUGAACACAUACGGUUCCGUAAGUGUGACAGCAGUUUAUACUGUUGAAAUGGUGUAUUAGAUAAAAGGCAACUAUUCGGUUUCUUGGUGGUCUUUUAAAAGCAUUUAGAGCGAGUCUGUCCGGUGUUGCAGGAAGACGCAGGUGCAUUGAAGUGUUGCUUCUAAACAGAAAUAAGGCAGGGUCAGGAAACCUCUACUUGUACAUCUGUUAAUGUUACAAAUGGCUCUUGAAUAUGGAUAUUGAAUUUUAAGGUGCAAUAUUCCAUAAAAAAUGUGGUCGUGAUUAAUUGGCACACUUCAUGAAAUAUAUUGCCCUUUCUAUGGAACCCUGAAACACGAAACGAUUCUAAAAUAUUAUCUGUUCCGCAGGUGGUGACUGAAUGCUGAUCUGCCAUUUAUUCCUCUGGUAUAGGAUAUUUUUCAUCUGCUUGUAUUUCUAGAAUUGGGUUAUCUGCAAAAGAUGUGGGAAUAAUGGAUCAUUUCAGUAGCAGGCAGAGAGCUUAAGAUUGCGGAGAAAGGUUUAUGAUUUUGCUGUAUGAUUUGGUUACUGUUGGCUAACUUAGGUCUUCUGUAUUUUACCAGCUAUUCACACAAGGGUAAAUAAAACACGAAUUAAAUUAGCAAAUUCUUUUAUAUUCCUAUUUCUGAGCCCCUAGUACACUGAAACGAUAUUGUGGCUUCUCAUUAAUAUCCACUUAAUUCCCCUCCACCUCUUUCCUUGGUUGCUUUGCUACUGAAGGUUUAAGUCUUGUUUAUUUCAGCUGUGCUUCAUGAGUACAAGGAGGGUGCAGCAUAUUGAAUUCUCCUCAGUCAGUCUUUGCCAACAAACAAAGGUCUUUAGUGCAGGUAAUUUAUAAAAAAAUAAGUUAAAAAAACCUGAAAAGUUAUUUAUGUGGAAUGUGAAAGUGUCAUACUAAAUAUUAGUGUGGGUUUUUUUUUAAUAUCAAAUUCUUGUUCCAUUUUAGAAAAAAUUGUUACAAUACAUCACUCUAGGUUUUUAUCAUGCUGUGUGAUGGGUAAUUGGACUUGUCCGUAAAGUGUAUCUCAGGCAUGGACUAGACAAAAAAUGACCUAAAUUAAAAUUGGAAUCUCUACAUGAAUGUGUGAUGUCUCGCUUAAAUAAAACUGUACAGUGUUAUAUACA